AUGAAACUCUCAUUGUCAGAUGGGAGAAAUAUGACAAAAUGUUCCUGUGAGCCCAGUUCCGGACAAUACAAGGGAAUUGAAAAAAGCUACUUGGUUUUUCUUUUCAUCCUUUCUCUUCUUCUGAUAAUGAUAACAACACUUCUUUACAUUCCAGUAGGAAUUGUAAUUCUAAGAAAACGCAAAGAAUCCAAGACAUCAAAGGACAUUCCUUCUAAUUCGAUGGAUGAUUUGGACACGGCUACCUCUGAUUCAACUGACGUAAAAACCACGCUGAGAGAGGAGACACAGAAGAAACGCAGACGACCAAAUAGUACGCUGAAUUUCCACAUGAUGUUCGGGGUAAUCGUCCUCACUUACCUUUUGGCAUACAUACCGACGUUCUGUAUGCUUCUAAUCCAGAGAGGAAAACCUGGAUUCUGGAUAGGGAUGUGGGGCUGGGAGUUGACUAUUCUGUUGCUCUUCAGACGAUUUCAUCUCGUCUCCAACAUCAUCAACCCGUUUGUCUAUGGGUAUUUUGACAUCACGUUCAGAAAUUAUUAUGUGUCUCUUCUGAGUGCAGUGUUUUGCCGUUGCAGGUCUGCGAAUUCGUCUUUAUCUAACUGCAACCAAGGUACGAAUUCGAAUGAGAACGAAUUAACAGGUAGCACGAACUACUAA